GCAAUCGCUGUUAAUAACAGUUUUAGAGUGCCCACAGCUGCAAGUGUUGAUUUUGGUGUUGGGAAAUAGAAGAGAAAAUUGUAUAUUUCAUCAUUUGAGGACAUGGCUGGUGAGGAUUUGAUUGUCAAGUUUCAGCAGCUCGGCAUGAGCGAGCAAAAGGCCAAGGAGACGCUGAAGAAUGCCAAUGUGACACGCAAUCUUCAGCUGGCACUAGCCGAGCUAAAUCAGCAGCCACUAGCCGAUGGAGUUGGCGUGCUGAUCUACCACAUGGCCACCAAACUGAAGCCACAAAUUGGGGAACAGUUGCCGCUGCUGGUGCGCUACAUAUCGCAACGCAAGCUGGACAACACACAGCGUGUGGAUGCCGCCUUGGAAUAUGUAUUGCGGUGCGGCCAGAAGAAGGGUGCCGGUGUCGAUGUGGCCGAAUUGGAGCGGGAAUGCGGCGUUGGUGUUGUGGUGAGCCCCGAAGAAAUCGAGCGCGUUGUGCAGCAGAAAGUUAGGGGCAGCUACAAGCAGACACUGCUGGAGCAGCGUUAUCAUUUCAAUGCGUUCAAAAUCCUGCAGGAAGUGCGGGCGGAACUCAAAUGGGCAGAUGCCAAAUCCUUGAAAUCGGCGAUCGAUGUGGAAAUCUUUGAUCUGCUCGGUCCCAAGACAGAAGACGAUUUGAAGCCACUGCCUAAGCAAGCGGACAAGCAGCCCAAGGUCAAGCCGGAAGUGAAACCAUCCACCUCGACCGAGUCAACUGCCGUUGGGGAAAAUGGUGCAAAUACCAUCGCUGAGUUGAUGAAGACAAAGGUUCAUUUUCAUGCGCCCGGUGAGAAUUUCAAGACCGAUGGCUAUGUAGUCACCGAGCACACGGAGCGCCUGCUGCGCGAGCAUUUGCAGCGGACGGGCGGACGUGUCCAGACCCGUUUUCCCCCCGAGCCAAAUGGCAUCCUGCACAUUGGCCAUGCGAAGGCGAUCAACAUCAAUUUUGGCUAUGCGGCGGCAAAGAAGGGUGUAUGCUAUCUGCGCUACGACGACACCAAUCCCGAGAAGGAGGAGGAAAAGUUCUUUGUGGGCAUACUUGACAUGGUCGAGUGGCUUGGCUAUAAGCCGUUAAAGGUCACACACUCCUCGGACAAUUUCCAGCAACUGUAUGAAUGGGCCGUGCUUCUCAUACGCAAGAAUCUGGCCUAUGUGUGCCACCAGAAGGCUGAUGAACUGAAGGGUUUCAAUCCGCCACCAAGUCAAUGGCGCGAGCGACCCAUCGAGGAGUCCCUGCAGCUGUUCGAGGACAUGAAACGAGGCAAAAUCGAUGAGGGACUGGCCACGCUGCGCUUAAAACUGACACUGGAGGAGGGCAAACAAGAUCCAGUUGCGUAUCGGAUUAAGUUCAUUCCGCAUCAUCGAACGGGCGCCUCGUGGUGCAUUUAUCCCACGUACGAUUACACGCACUGUUUGUGCGACUCUAUCGAGGACAUUACGCACUCGCUGUGUACCAAGGAGUUCCAGUCGCGUCGCUCCUCCUACUACUGGCUCUGCAACGCUCUGGGCAUCUACUGUCCGGUGCAGUGGGAAUAUGGACGCCUCAAUAUGAACUAUGCGCUCGUCUCUAAACGCAAGAUUGCCAAGCUGAUCGGCGAACGCAUCGUUCACGACUGGGAUGAUCCUCGGCUAUUUACGCUAACUGCGCUGCGUCGUCGCGGCUAUCCGGCGGAGGCAAUCAAUAAUUUCUGCGCCCAAAUGGGCGUGACCGGUGCACAAAUAUCCGUUGAUCCGGCCAUGCUGGAGGCGGCUGUGCGGGAUGUACUCAAUGUGAGUGCACCACGUCGACUGAUUGUGCUGCAGCCGCUCCGGGUGACCAUUAGCAAUUUUCCACAUGCGGCGCCUGUGGAACUGGAUGUGCCCAACUUUCCACAGAAUCCAGCGCUGGGCAUGCACAAAAUAACUCUAGCACGUGUCAUCUACAUUGAGCGCACUGACUUCAAGCUGCAGCCAGAGAAGGGAUAUCGGCGUCUAUCUAGUGAGCAAUCGGUUGGCCUGCGUCAUGCCGGCCUGGUCAUUAGUGUGCAGCAAGUUGUACGGGAUCCAGCCACAGAUGAGGUCCUCGAACUCAUCUGCAGCUGCGAGUCAGCUGAGCAGGCUGAGAAGCCAAAGGCAUUUGUCCAGUGGGUAUCACAGCCCAUUGAGCUGGAAGUGCGUCUCUAUGAGCAACUGUUCAAGCACAAGAAUCCCGAGGAUGCCAACGAAGUGCCCGGUGGAUUCCUCACCGACAUCGCUGAGAACUCCAUGUCGAUUGUUCAGGCGUACGCGGAUGAGUCGCUGAACCGCGUCAAGGUCUACGAUAAAUUCCAGUUCGAGCGCAUAGGUUUCUUCUCGGUGGAUCCGGACACAACUGACAAGCGAAUUGUCUUUAAUCGCACCGUGGGACUCAAAGAGGAUUCGGGCAAAAAAUAGAUAAAACAAUUUAUUUUUUUAUUUUAAUAUGCUCACAAUAAAUAGGAUUUAUAAAAUUCA